AUGUCAAAUCGUGGAGUCUUCCAGGUGCCUUCCCCGAGGAGCCGCUUCCCCGAGCCAAUCACUCCUGUGGCAGUGGAAACGCAGCACAAACAUGUUAGGGACACGGGGCUAGGAUUUCUCGAGUAUGAUAGCUCAUCAGACGAAGAGCCUUUGUCAGGUGAGGGAAACAAUAUGAGCCUCUUCAAUGAAAUCGAAGACAGUUCGGGUUCCGAGUCUAGCUCUGGAUACUCUCAAGAGACUGUUCUUCCAGACAGGGCUAGACACGUGAGGUCCGCUUCAAUAACGUCAUCAUCUACGAGUGGGGAAUUCCUCGAUGCUCUGAAUGAGCUUCCCGAGGAUCAAGACGAAGAAGAAGUUAAGACCGCUGAGAUGAAAGGUCCAUUUCUGGGACUAGGUGAAGCAAAGAAACUGGCACUAUCAUUGGCAGAGCAAUUCGCAGCUUCGAAACAACAGAGGCCGUCUAAUGCCGGAUCAGAAAAGCGUUCUGCUCUGGCAGAAUAUACAGCCGUUGAUGGUGCUACGUACCAUAUCGCUGAAGGGCCAAGAUAUGAUAGCCAUGUCCCAGCAGAACAUCGCUACAUCGAGCGCCAAGAGCCUUAUGAGCCGGACGGAAGUGUAAAUUCUGGCAUCGGUCCAAGCCUUUAUGACGGCCGGGAAGAUGUUGAUCAGGACGUCGGAAGAGACGAAUUGAAUGAGGAAGAACGACCUGCCAUCAUAGUUUCAGGCAAGACGACUGCUAAAACUUUUGUCAGUGAGUCAGAAGGGCACGGGACGGCUGCCUUGAAGGAAUCCCCUCCGAUUUAUGCAGGAAACUCGGCUUCUAUAGACCCUGGAAAUUGCGAUAUGAAAUUCCUGGCAGAGGGACAAGAGCCCGCAGAUGUCUUCAAGCCCGAAGCUAAUGCUACAGCACAGAGAGAUUCUGGAUCUCCAGAUAUGGGAUUGCAAAAUUCGGCACAGGGAGCGAUACACGAACAACAUGCAGUGGACGUCACAGCCCUAGAGUGUGUGAAGGAAAGCGAGAAUAUAGAGGAUGGCAUGGACGAUGAUAGACCUGAGCUCGCAGGAAGCGCUCACGACGAGAAACCAGUGACGGGAACAUACAAACCUGGCGGAUUAGACCUGCAUGAUGAAAACCAGCCAGCGAAUGACACCGUCGAAGUUACCCUGAACGAUGAAACACAAACAGCAGACCGCAGUCGUGAGCAACAACCCGAUGCCUUGGCUGAUUUAUCGGCCAGGGAAAAUACACUGAACAAUAAAACAAACAUGAAAGAAAGUCUGAAACCACCACAGGACCCAAAGGAACAACAGACUAAAUUGACUGCUACAAAUGUUGAAGCUUUGAAGCAAGAUCCGAAACUCACACCUGGGUCUCUUCAACAGAAGAAACGAGAACCCAUUCCUAAGAUCAAUGUGAAUCAGUAUAUGGACGAUGCAUGGGAAGCUGCAUCCAGUGUCGCAACUUCCGUCAUGACGGAGAGAACGACAAGCCUGAUUCGUAAAGCCAGCCUCAACAGGUGGUUCGACAAAGACCAUAGACUCUUGGAGCACUUCUGCGCCCAAGGAAAGUCUCAAGCAGUUCGAGCACUUCUCGCCCAAGGCUGUAACCCAGGAAGGCCAAGACGACCACGAAAGGGGCCCAUCAUGUCGGCAACCAAGGGAGCUAGCGAGAAACACAACAAAUGUGUUCGUGCGCUGAUAGAGUCGGGUGUUGAUGUGAAUGUUACCGCUGCCUACCACGGAAAAACGCCGCUCCACUAUGCCAUUGAAAAUCCAAACUUCAAAGGCUACGCAAAACUGAUUCGCGAGCUGAUCGAAGCCGGCGCCGAAACCAAUCGAGCAGAUCUGGCCGGAAACUAUCCACUUCUGAAGAUUUUCUACGGAAAUGAAACCGGGCCACUUGAAGCGCAUCGCAGAGACGCCCUUGCGCUUCUUCUGCGUCGCGAGGAGCCAGCCACCUUGGUCGAUAUCGCGCAGCCUGGGACACUGAACACCCCACUUCAUCUCGCUGCACGUCGCAAAGAUGUACUAGCCGUGGGAUUGCUCCUCCACAGGAAGGCCGACGUGAACGCCAAAAACGCAUCCGGUCUUACUCCACUGCUCGUGACGACCAAACAACUCCGACGACCGCUGGCCCCGGAUCACAUCUCGCUUAUCGAUCUUCUACUGAGCACAAACGGCAUCAAAGUGGAUGAAAAGGCCGGUGUCGAUCAACAAACUGCGUUGCACCAAGCCGUCAAAGCAGGUAUCUGGGAGGUUGUCGAGCAGCUUCUGCAGCAUGGAGCAGAUCCAUGUUGUACUGACAAGGCAGGCCAGGAUGCAUUUUCACUUGCCAGGCGACAUGAAAAAGAGCAUACCGAGGAAGACCACAUUCACGUCAUGGAUGCAUUGAACGAAGCAUUGAGCAAUCCUUGGCCUGUAGCAUCGGAGACAUGA